UCCCAUUCCCACUUCGAGAAAGUUCUUUCUCUGCGGGUAUAUAGAGAGGGAGUUUUUGCCUGAGCUGAACUAUCCACAGGACACAGCUGAGAGGAGAAACCCUGCAGAUCUUUGCCAGAAUGAAAAUCACAGACAUCAAAAGAUCUCAAGGCUGUUACAGUUACAGACAAACAGGAUGUGGGUGAGCAACCUCGUAGCUCUUUGCCUGCUGGCAUUCACGGCCUCUGCUGAGGACAAGAAGCUGAGCGGCCAUGCUUCCACAAUGGCCGACAACAGCGCCCGCCUGGCCUUUAGCCUCUACCACAACAUGGCAAAGGCGAAAGAGACGGAGAACAUCCUGAUCUCGCCUGUGGUGCUUGCCUCCUCACUGGGAAUGGUUGCCCUUGGCAGUAAAUCAUCCACCGCCUCGCAGGUCAAAACCCUGUUGCGUGCGGAUAAACUCAAGGACGAGCAUCUGCACGCGGGCCUAGCUGAGCUGCUCUCAGAGGUGAGCGACGCCAAAACGCGCAACACCACGUGGAAGAUUAACAACCGCCUGUAUGGACCCAGCUCAGUGGCCUUCGCCGACGACUUCGUGAAGACCAGUAAGAAGCACUACAACUACGACCAUUCCAAAAUAAACUUCCGUGACAAGAGGAGCGCCGUGAACUCCAUCAACGAGUGGGCGGCCAAGUCGACUGGCGGGAAGCUGCCCGAGAUCACCAAGGAGGUGGUGAACACCGAUGGGGCCAUGAUUGUCAACGCUAUGUUCUUCAAGCCUCACUGGGAUCAGAAGUUCCACGAAAAGAUGGUGGACAACCGUGGUUUCCUGGUGACUCGCUCUUUCACUCUUUCAGUUCCCAUGAUGCACCGCACAGGUCUGUACGACUUCUACGAAGACAAGCAGAACAGUCUCUACAUUAUGGACAUGCCUCUGGGCCAGAAGCAGGCUUCCAUGAUCCUCAUCAUGCCCUACCAUCUGGAGCCCCUGGGGCGCCUGGAAAAACUGUUGACUAGGACACAGGUGGACGCUUGGCUCAGCAAGAUGGAGAACAGGGCCGUGGCCAUCUCAUUGCCCAAAAUGUCUUUGGAAGUCAGCCACAACCUGCAGAAACAUCUGGCUGAGCUCGGCCUGACGGAGGCGGUGGACAAGGCCAAGGCGGACCUGUCCAACAUCUCCGGAAAGAAGGAUCUGUACCUCUCCGACUUCUUCCACGCAUCCGCCCUGGAGCUGAACACCGAAGGCAACCCGUUCGACAAAAGCAUCUUCGGCACCGACAAGCUGAGGGAUCCUCACCUUUUCUAUGUGGACCACCCUUUCAUUUUCCUCGUGAAGGACAACAAGACGAAGUCCAUCCUGUACAUUGGCCGUGUGGUUCGACCCAAUGGAGACAAGAUGCGCGACGAGCUGUAAUGGUAAUGUCAGGAGUAGCUUUAUUUUGUGAAACUAUGUCAAGAAAACUGUUUUUUUUCCCCUUUCUAAUGUUACCUCAGGAACACAUUCCAUAAAGGCAGACUGUGGACUGAAUAUCUGAACUUUUGAGACACACUCCCUUGAUUUGAACAUUUUUCUCCAAAUAUGAGCCUUACUGAGAUUUUUCUUGCUUAUAUUAAGUGUGCCUUCUCUCUCUCUCUCUCUCUCUCUCUCUCUCUCUCUCUCUCUCUCUCUCUCGCAGAGUGUUAAUAAUGCCAGCAUAGGUCAAGCAAUGAUCCAUUGGUGCUUUCCUGCAUUAUCUUUAAUGUUUAAAGAUCUUGUUUGGCAGUACUUACUAAAAAAAAAAAAAAAAAAAAAAAACAACCCCCCAAAAAAACAGCACAACCUGUUUAUUGCAGUCCACAAAUCCGCUGUUGGAAUUGUGUUAUUAUGAACAAAUGUCAUUUUUUGUCAAUAAAAAAUAGAAAAUUAUAACAAAUGUGACUUUUGUAAUUUUGCUAUAACAAUGAAGAGAUCACAAUCUUUCAAGUGGACAAUUAUUCCCAUGUUAGUGAUGGAUGUGGUGGUGUGACCCCCAUGGAUAAUCUGCUAAAGUCAGCUAUCCCAAGAAUGUCAGGCUUGACUUGUUCAACCACUGCUAGACAAAAUAAAAGUCUUUGGGAGAUAUCCUGCACAAAGGAGAGGCUGGGUUGAAAUCGGAGUGCAGGGUCUUCAUGGUGAGUUGGGAACUCCGGGGGCUAAUUCGUAUGCUUGUAAAACAUUAAAAACUAAUUUCCAGCUUCCUGUCUCAUUAACACUACAUAUUGACUUCAUAUUUUGACUUUUGAAACAUCAAUGUAAACCAACAAAAUGCAAAAAUAUGCAAAACUCCUGUAAAGUGGAAUGAGUGCCACCCUAUGUAAGAAACAAACAAAUGACAAAUAUUUUGUACAACCCUAUAUUUUAAUGUCACAUUUCUCCUCAUGUACACUAUACUAUUGUGCUGUUGUGUUAACUUACAAGAAAAUUAACAACGUAUAAAAUGCUUUUUUUUCCUUA